CUCCCUCUGCUUUGGGGUCUCGCCCCGGAGCGCGCGGCAGAGAGUCCCUGGGGGCUGCCCGUGGUGGAAGACAAGCCAGCUUCCUUUGCAAAGGUGGAGAUAGCAAAACUGGCCAACCUGAAGUUAAACAACAAGCCCUAGCCUGGAGGUACACACUCCCUCCACUAACACUACCUAUUCCUGUCAGAGCCAGGCCCAGGCCUCCCCCAGUUCCUGGCUGUAGGCUACGUGGACAACCAGCCCUUCAUGCGAUUUGACAGUCGUGUGGACGAGGCCAAGCCCCAGGCCCAGUGGAUGGCACCUGUGGAACCUCAGUACUGGGCUAAGGAGACAGAGAAGCAGAGGACCUGGCCUGAGGUGCAGCAGGUCGAGACGCGGAGAUUGAUGAGCUACCACAACCAGAGCAGCGGCAUGCACAGCACUCAGCGCAUGUUUGGCUGUGAGAUCCAGGAGGAUGGCACCUCCAGUGGCUUCUGGCAAUUUGCCUACGAUGGGCAGGAUCACCUGAUGCUGGACCUGGAAACUCUAAGCUGGGUGUCCGCGCAGUCCGUGGCCCUGCAGACCAAACGCUGGUGGGAGAUGGAGCACUGCUAUGCCGAGUAUGACAAGGCCUACCUGGAAGGCCUCUGCCUCAUCUCCCUGCUCAGGUACCUGGAGCUGGGAAGCAAGAGCCUCACACGAAGAGAUCCCCCCACGGUGCAGGUGACAAGGCAUCCCACCCAAGACAGGGGCACCUUGCUGAGGUGCUGGGCCCUGGGCUUCUACCCACGGGACAUCUCUCUGAGCUGGUGGCUGGAUGAGAAGGAGCUGGCCGUGGAGACAGAGAAUGUGGAGACGCGCCCCAGUGGGGAUGGCACCUACCAGACUUGGGCGGCCGUGUGGGUGCCAGAGGGGAAGGAGACCUUAUACACCUGCCACGUGCAGCACUCCAGCCUGAACCACACACUCACUGUGGCCUGGGAAUUGCCCUCUUUCUCCUGGACUCAUUGCCAUCGCUACCUUCACCAGCCUGGCCACUGUCUUGGUUGUAAUUGUGAUCUUUACCAAGCGGUGCCUUCAAGCCAGGAAAAAAGACUCUUAUGAGCAAGCUCCUGUUGACUGUGGAAUGGGCGAGCUGGGGAGAGGAAGCACCAGGAACUCCCAAGCAUGACGGAGAUGCCUUGGAACCCAAGGCGGAGGUGGGGCAGUGAGACAGACACAUGCCCAGGCUGAGUCCCUCACGUCCCCUGCAAUCCCGGAGGGGAGCCACUGCCCGGUUUCAGGGAGACCCAGCUUCACCACCCACCCUCCUCCCUGAAGGUGGAGGAUCUCUUAAUUCCCAAAAACCCUGAGAGAAGGGGCUACUCAGCUCUGCCGCAGACAAGCCUAGUGUCAGUAGCUGAGAGUUGCCAGCCAAACCACAACCCCUGAUAAUUUGACACACUUGUUCAGUUGGAAGCCAUGUGAGUCAGCUCUAGAGUGGAAGGAACAAGGGUACAGAAGGCUAGAUUUGAGAAAAUAAAAAUCAGUAGGACUUGAUGGCUGAAAUUUGUGGGGGCUGUUCAUUUAUUUAUCCAGCAGAUAUGUAGGGAAUAUUUGUUGUAUGUUCAGCAUUAUGAUAGAGGAGCUAUUAUGAGACAGCCUUGGUAAAAGAAAUUGCAAGCUGGUAAAAUGAGUUGCCCCAAGUCCUAUUUGAGCAGAUGGACUAAAGCAUGGACAGUGAUCUCCAAACAAUUUGGCCACCACACUGGUGAUGAGACACCAUGAUAGACAACAUGUGUUAUCUCACAAUCCUGCAGGGAGAAUGCUGAGUAUCCCUCCAUACACACACAGAUGGAGUAUGAGUCAUCUGCACAUGCCAGAACAACCUAUGAAGCUGCUCCCCUCCCUGCCUCUUCUUAAUUCCCUUCAAGGAGUCAGGCUAAAUUCUUUCUGGCAUUGGUUCCCUCAUGCAUGAGUUUCUGGAGGGACCACUGUCUCAUGAUCAUUGACCUGUGAGAACAGAAGGACUAUUCUCCCAUCUCAUGUCAAGCUCGUCUUUUUUAUAAUGAGUUACACAAAGACAGUCAUAACUAAAGAGCCCAUUGGAGAGCCUCCCUGGUGGCGCAAGGGGUUUAGCACCACACUAUGAAGCAAUCCACAGCCACUGCAGCACGAGUUUGAUCCCUGUUCAGCCAGGGAGCAACCCACAUGGCAGCAGACCUCUCCUGACUCGCCCGCUGCUCCCCUCAGCAGUGUACUUCGGUCAAUCUGCUUGUUCUGUUCCCCACUGUGUCUCUAGUGAAUCCUCUCACCCUCUGCAUCUCUACCUUGUACCCCAGCUCUUGU